GAAGUGCCCUACCCAGAUAUGUGGGAAUUAGGCCACAUCGCUCACUACCAUCCUACUUUAAUCAAAGUGCCGAUUCUUGAAACAGACAGCUGUUGUCAUGUGCCUUGAUUCCAAUGGCUAUCUGUCCCUGUAGCUGCCCAAGUUCUUAGUUGGCCAGCUGAAGUUGCAGAGAGAACGAGGGUUAACGGCGUCUGCUAAUUUAAACUCCAGUUAGAGCAGUGCUCCUAUUCACAAUACAGCAUAUACCACAAACACACUGAUCCAAGGAAAUGUCAUCACUCGCUCCUAAAGACAAACACUGUAACAGCCACAACGUCGAUGAGAAGCAGUCGAGGAACUCCAUUCUAACUGAAUGGAUUGGUAUGGGGAGAAGCGGACCACUAAUCACGGCUAAACGGCAGCUUUGGGACUGUGUAACGUUGACAAUGGUUUUACUUUCGCUGCUGUUUCGACCAGCUCACUGCCAGCAGUGUCGAAUCCAGCGCUGCAAUGCAGAGUAUGUGGCUUCUACCUCCCCCUCUAGUGGUCUGCAGGAGGACGUGGCUCUGGAUGUAGACUACUGCAUCGCCUUGCGGGCCUAUGCCCUGUGCACCAGGCGGCAGGCGCGCAGCUGUAGGGGGGACCUGGUCUACCACUCGGCCGUCUUCCGCAUUAAGGAGUUAUUCUCUCAGCAUAACUGCUCCAGCGAAGGGCCCACCUCCUCCGCCAAGGUCCCCAGCACAUCUCGUCCAGCUGUGUCGGAGCUGUGCGACUACGAGAAUCGGGUCCUCAUGUCGGGCUCUGCCGGUCAGCAGAAGAAAUAUGCCCACUGUGGAUUAUUCGGAGACCCGCACCUACGGACUUUCCGUGACGAGUUUCAGACCUGCAAGGUGGAAGGGGCGUGGCCUCUGAUUGACAACCGCUUCCUGUCGGUGCAGGUGACCAACGUGCCUGUUGUCCUUGGCUCCAGCGCCACGGCAACCAGCAAGAUCACUGUGAUCUUCAAGUCCUUCCACGGCUGCACAGAUCAGAAGGUGUACCAGGCCACCACAGAGGAUCUGCCGUUGGCCUUUCAGGAUGGGACUCGCAGUGGCGGUGAGAGCGGCAGCUUGACCAUCGCGGAGCGCGGCGGCUCCGGAGUGGGCCGGCAGGUGAAGAUACAGGCCCGUUACAUCGGCACUUCCAUCAUCGUCCGGCGCGUGGGCAGCUACCUGACCUUUGCCAUCCGCAUGCCAGAGGACACCCUGGACUUUUCGGAGGACAAUGGCGGUCUGCAGCUCUGCCUGCACGGCUGCCCGCGCAACGAGCUCAUCAAAGAGCACACGCUGGGUCGUCAGGGCCAGCAGCCCCGGCUGCAGGGCACCAACACAGAGCUGGGGCCUCUGCGGCCUCCUCACCAGGUCUACACAGUGGAGCGCGCCACGGCCAAGUGUAGAGAGACUCUGCAGGUGGAGGACGUGUACUUUCAGUCCUGUGUGUUUGACUUGCUGACCACAGGAGACCCUGAGUUCUCCAUGGCGGCCUACGGCGCUCUGGAGGAUUUAAAGGCGCUGCCGCCCAGUAAACUGAAGCAGAAUUCCCCGAGGACUCCUCGUCUUUACAACCGAGGAGUGUCCCACACGACGGCUGCAGCAGCAACCAACAACUCCCUGCUCUCACUCCUACUCCUCAUUCUGCUGCUUUUGUAAACAAUAAAUAUAAAGGAUUAUUUUUUUUAUUUUUUUAAAGAGGGAGAGCGAAACAUGGAGACAAACAGAACGCGGAAGCAUUACCAGCUUGAGGAAAGAGUGACUUAACAGACAUAUAUAUUUGUAAAAAAAAUGUGGGGGGGGGGGGUUGGGGCAAUUUGUGAAUGUUGUGAUCUUUUUCUGUUUUUGUCAUUUGAAGGAUUUCACACUAAAAUAUGGUAUUUCUUCCCACUUCACAUUUCUGUGGCUUCAUACAUGGGUCACAUCAGUUGAAAAAAGACAGAAAUACAUCAUGUGGUUUGGGGUCCAGUACAACAUGUUGUUUCCAUGUGCUCACUACUGGUUUUCAACAAUCGUUAAAAACUCAUAAUUGUGUGUGUGCUGAUUAUUUUUUUUUUUUUUUUUGUAAAUAGCAAAGUCAUCAUAGUGCACAACCUUCAAACAGCUGCACAUGUAACUCCAUACUGUAUGUAAGCUGUUUUUUUCUGCAGAGCAAUGUGGCUUCUAGAUCCCGCAUAAUCUAGUAAUAUCAAUAGCACUUAACGGUUUUAACAGCAAGUUUGUGUAUUCAAAUGUUAUUUCUUUGUCUAUUUCAACUGUUAUUUCAGAUAAUUGGCAUGCUAAAUACACAGGAUCCAACAACUGUAUGUAAAAACUACCUAUCCAUAAUAUGUCAGUGUGAUAUUCAACAGUUCUCAUCUUCUGUGAAACACUCCCUCUUCAAGCUGUUUGGCUUCCAGUUUUAAAGGUUUAAAAAAACACAAAUCUUUAUAUAAUAAUAUAUUAAAAGAGUGUAUAUAUGUGUUUUAUAUUGUGUACAUUUGCCUGUGUAUAGAUGUUUUUAACUGUAAUAUGUUUUACAUUUGUUGUGUUUUUAGUAGGUUAUUUUGAGACAUUGUAAGAAAAGUAAACUAAUGUGUUUUUAAUUUUCUGUAUUAAAUUGUUGGACACUCUGGA